AUGAUGAAAAGAGUGUCUUUCAGUCCCACUAAUGACGUAAAGGUCUUCCAUACCACCAAAGCUCCCAUCUCCAUCAACGACACCAUCAAAAGUCGUAACUUCCAACCACAACAUCAACCCAUAGUUAAACUCACAGACAUCCAUUAUGUUCACAAUACGUUGAUGGGGAAAGUCACGGUGCAGAACCUCGCUUACCAUAAACAACUUAGCUUGAAGCUUUCACAGAACAAAUGGAGAUCCAGCAUAAUCAUCAAUGACUUCAGAUACUUAAAGAGUCAAGGAGAAUACGAUGAAUUCAUUUUCUCCUCCCCCGUCAGAUUAUCAGGAUCCAUAGAGUUGGUGGUGAGUUACCGGACCCAGGGCCAGGAGUUCUGGGAUAAUAACAAUGGUUCUAACUACUGCUUUACCAUCACCACACCAGUAUUCACCAAUGACUUCGAACUGUUUGAAAGUUUGACUGUUGAUUUCGACAGCGAUAGUGACAUCGAAGAAAUCAACGAUGAAAAGUUCUUGUUCGACCACAUAGAGACUAUUGUGGAAUGGGAGUUACCCAAACUCACAGAUUUCUAUUCCACAGACAUUCAAAUUGUAUCUUGGUAA